GGAAGCAGCUGCCCGGCUGCUAGGGAGGAUGGUGAGGGGUCGGCGCUGAGGCAGGGAGGUGGGCUGCACCGACACCUGCCAGAGCCCGGGCUGGAGCCGGAAUCUGAGCGCUACCAUGUCCACGCAGAGACUCAGGAACGAAGACUACCACGACUACAGCUCCACGGACGUGAGCCCCGAGGAGAGCCCAUCGGAGGGCCUGAAUAGCUUCUCCUCAGGUUCCUACCAGCGGUUCGGGGAAGGCAACAGCACAACAUGGUUUCAGACCCUGAUCCACUUGUUAAAAGGCAACAUUGGCACAGGACUCCUGGGGCUGCCUCUGGCUGUGAAAAAUGCUGGCAUCUUGAUGGGCCCCCUCAGCCUGCUGGUGAUGGGCAUCGUGGCCGUGCACUGCAUGGGGAUCCUGGUGAAGUGUGCCCACCACUUCUGCCACAGACUGAACAAGCCCUUUGUGGAUUAUGGGGAUACUGUGAUGUAUGGACUAGAAUCCAGCCCCAGCUCCUGGCUCCGGAACCACGCACACUGGGGAAGGCACAUCGUGGACUUCUUCCUGAUUGUCACUCAGCUGGGCUUCUGCUGUGUCUAUUUUGUGUUUCUAGCUGACAACUUUAAACAGGUGAUAGAAGCAGCCAACGGGACCACCAGUGACUGCCACAACAACGAGACGGUGAUUCUGACGCCCACCGUGGACUCGCGGCUCUACAUGCUCGCCUUCCUGCCCUUCCUGGUGCUGCUGGUUUUCAUCCGGAACCUGCGGGUCCUGUCUGUCUUCUCUCUGCUGGCCAACAUCUCCAUGCUGGUCAGCCUGGUCAUGAUCUACCAGUUCAUUGUUCAGAGGAUCCCUAACCCCAGCCACCUACCCCUGGUGGCGCCCUGGAAGACCUACCCCCUGUUCUUUGGCACGGCCAUCUUUGCGUUUGAAGGCAUCGGAAUGGUUCUGCCCCUUGAAAACAAAAUGAAGGACCCCCGGAAGUUUCCAAUCAUCUUGUACACAGGGAUGACCAUCGUCACUGCCCUCUACAUCAGCCUGGGGUGUCUGGGGUACCUGCAGUUUGGAGCUAGCAUCCAAGGCAGCAUAACCCUCAACCUGCCCAACUGCUGGCUGUACCAGUCAGUUAAGCUGCUCUACUCCGUCGGCAUCUUCUUCACCUACGCACUGCAGUUCUACGUCCCAGCGGAGAUCAUCAUCCCCUUCUUCGUGUCCCGAGCGCCUGAGCACUGCGAGCUGGUGGUGGACCUGUUUGUGCGCACGGUGCUGGUCUGCCUGACAUGUGUCUUAGCCAUCCUCAUCCCCCGCCUGGACCUGGUCAUCUCCCUGGUGGGCUCCGUGAGCAGCAGCGCCCUGGCCCUCAUCAUCCCGCCCCUCCUGGAGAUCACCACCUACUACUCGGAGGGCAUGAGUCCCCUCACCAUCGCCAAGGACGCCCUGAUCAGCAUCCUGGGCUUCACGGGCUUUGUGGUGGGGACUUACGAGGCCCUCUAUGAGCUGAUCCAGCCAAGCAACGCUCCCAUCUUCAUCAAUUCCACCAGUGCCUAUGUCUAGUGAUCCGGGUGCAUACUCUGCACCUGCUCACCUCCACCCCUGUGUGUCCCCCAGCACCUGUCCCCAGGACCUUGGGGAUGGUCCAUGCUUCGGGAAAGGGCAGGGUUCCUGUCUGGGCUCCACUCCACCUGGUGCCUGGGGACUGUGGGCCAGGUAAGACUGAAGGCAGGGGCUCGGGUGGGUCGCAGGUUCGUGGGAAGUACCACUAGGAACAGUGCUGUCACUGUUGGUUUGUACUUGUUUUAACCCAGAACUUCUCAGCUCUUUCCUCAUCAUGCCUCCUCCUUUACUCUGCCUCUCUCCCUCUGCUCCGCCUCUCUCAGAGGGCUCCUGUUGCACAGCUCACUUUAUUUAAGAAUCUUAGUGGCCCUUACCUCAUGUUUUCUCCUUGGCUAGGCCAGGCCUAGAUUAUCUAAGUGGGAAUGCCCCCUGUUUGUAAAGCUAGGACUCUCCUUCAUCUCUCUCCCAGAUACUGCACCCCAGUAUUCUCCUUCCUGCUCAAGUCCCCACUGGGUAUCUGGACCUGUCCAGAGGCUGCAAACCCCUGCUGUACACACCGGGGCUUUUAUCCUCUCUGUGGCUCGCUGCUGUCCCCUGUGCGGCGUCUUCUUGCCUCUGGAUUCCUCCAUGUGGGUCACAGUACUGGAUUGUGAUUUGCUGUAGCUCUUCAAAGACACAAAGUGCUGCCUCAGUGGAAGAUACUUAUAUUUUAUUUAAAAUUUAGCUUUGGUUUUUAGAUUCUGCCUCUCGAUCUAGGUUGGAACGAAUUGUUGUAAACCCUCACCCGGCUUUUCCUGGGAACGUCAGUGUGGGUCCUCAGCACCCUGGCUGGGCGCUCCAAGACUUGAGUCAGGACCUUCUAAAUGUGCACAUCCCUGGGGGGAGGCUUGUGCUGUGCCUCCCGGUGACCAGCCUGAUUUCAUUCUGUAAAGACACUUGCAGGUGCACGAGGCCCCAGGAAAGGAUGAACAUGCCGGAUGCAUUUCCAUCAGGGAGACUCCUCACGUGGUGGCUUUGUGCGUCCAAGCCUGUUUAUCGGCCUCAGCCCCGACAAGCCAAAGGGGUGGCCACGUUCGGUUGCCACCAUCAUGCUGGGGAGACACCUGCUGUUGCCACGGAUGAGAAGUUGAGGUCGGCGUGCGUGGAGCUGGAAGUGUAGUCCACAGGACAGCAGCAGCUGGUCUGACACUACGUGGUGCUCGGUUGUUUACAAUCCCUGGGGACCCAGGGCAGAACCUGUGCCUGCCCCACGCUGCCUCCAUGACCUGGACUUGGCAAGGAACUGCUGAACACUAACGGUGACCCUGUCCUUCCCUUGCCUGCUGCGCUGAGUGUCACCAACAGCCUCAGGCUUGGCUCCCCUCCAGGUCGGCCUUCAGAAGGAGAGCAGACCUCGGAGAAGCCUGAGGAGGACACAGUGCCUCGUGUUCGGCUUAUCCUGCAAGUGCGAGGGGUAUUUCCAGAAGGCAUUCUCUGACCCCUGUGCCCAGCUGCUGCGUGUGCGUGUGCACGUGUGUGACAGAGCGGGUUCUCUGCCCCACUCUUGUCACCAGGCCCUUGCAGGGCCCCAUGAGUUGAGGGAGAGCAGCAGAGAUCUGUCAGGGUUUUUUUUGUGUGUGUGUCUCACCAAAGCUCAUUCUUGCUGGGACCCGCCCUCUUGGCCCCAGCUUUUUUCUGUCGCCAGGUAGAUAGAGCCGACUUCCCAGUGUCCAGCCAGGGGAAGCAGUAGGCUGUCACUGCAGCAGCUCCUGACCUGCCUAAGAACUUACUUGGGCAGAUACCACCUGGUUGCAUUGUUUUUCUGUAGGAAAACAGUGCUUUCGGCUACCUUUUCUGCUCUUUUGUGAUCCUUAACAGGUGCUUUUGUGACCAAGGGUCUCGCUGAGAUUCACAGGGGCCCUGCCCUUGGAAGGCCUGUGGCUUGUAAGUGCCCAGAGUGAGCUCAGAGGCUGCCAUCUCCUGCUUCCGAGCUGGGGCUCUGGCAGCCCAGCUGCUAGCCUCGCUGUGUCCCCAGCUGUCCUGGGAGCUGCCUUCAGUGGGAAGGUGUAUGUGGGUCAGGGGGCCAGGCUCCAGUCCUGCCCAUGGCGUCCUUACUGGAGGCUUCUGGGAACUUGGAGCUGCCAGAGGCAGUCCUGGCCAUGUGAGGUCUGAGAUGCUGGCUCCUGAGGACUGGGCAGCAGGGCACUGAGGUUCUCUGGCUCCAGUUCAAGACUCCUAGCGCUGAGAGCAUGGUGUGGGGGAGAGAUGGCUCCUGCUUUAGGCUUCCUGGAAGCUCAUUUGGCCUGGCUGGCGCCUUGGUUAAUGUCUUUUCUGGGCUCACGCUGCCUUGGGCCACACACGGUUAGAUGCAGGCAGAGGGGUGCCCGGCUGUGCAGUUGCAUGGCUCCCAGCGUUUCCUCCUCUCCUGCAAGCAAACCUGAGUCUCUGCCGCGGCCCCUGGGCCUUUGUGAGUCAUGAGGCCUCCCUCGUGCUGCCAUGGCUGUUUGGGAGCCAGCUUCCCAGCCUUUUGCUGUGCCCCGCCCCCGGGCCCUGGGUGAAAACACUGGGAUGAGUAGCCAUCUGAUUGCAGAGGAGGCUUUGCACCACGGGGUUGCAUCUGCUGGACCAGUGGCAAACCAUGGGGUUUCUGGGCAGGCACUGCUGUGCCCUGUGUCCCUGCACCCAGCUCAGCCCCAGCCGUGACCCUAGAGGGAGCUCUCUCUGAGCCCCUGACUGGUUCCCUCCUCCAAGCACAGCUUCUGGGAAUAGGUGUCCAGUUCUCCAUGGGCAGAGUCCCUCCUAUUAAAUGCAGGUGCUUGCCGGGAAGAGUGUGACCCAGCAUUUUCCUCCACUAGCCUGGGUGUUGUCACCCUUUACAAGUGACGUUAUUUAGACUGUGCUGCUGCCCAGCCCCUAGGGGCCCUUCAUCCGCACAGACCAUGGCCAGAUGCCGCGAACGCACAGCGUGACCUAGCCUGGACCUACACGCCCUUGCCUCUCCAGCCGGUGCUCACUGCUUUCCGCUCACUCUCCACCCUCGUCAAAGCUACGAUUUGCACUUUUAAUGAUAGUCCUCAAGUGUUGAUCCCAAACAGGUAUGCUAGAAACAUUAUUUUUCCCUCUUCGCUGUUCUCUCACCUUCUUGGAAUAUCAUCUGUGUGUGUUGAACACUACACAUUCACCUCAUUUUGGGGAAGUGCAAAAAAAAAAAACUUAUGUCUGUUUACAGCUCUCUGUACUCACUACGCACAGUAACAGGGUCCGUGUCAGGAGUCUUAUUUCAUAGCCGAAGAGAUGAUCAGGCAGGCUUAGCUUCGGCCCCCGUGGGAACACAGUGCUGCUUCCUGGAAGAGGAGACACAGAGCCCAAGAGGCGAUACUUAGUGGUUAGGAGGCCGGCUUCAAGUCUGCCUUAGAAUUUAAUUUUCCAAAGUGCAUUACAGAGCUUCAAGACCAUUAGGACAGAAUAAGAGAUAUGGUCUGUCUUCUACACCACGGUCAGUACUCUUAGGCCAUUGGUCCUGCUGGUUGCGAGGCUGUUGACUUUGCUGGCCCCAGCCUGUCCCAUUUCUUCCCCUGAGUCAUUCCCUGGUCUGAGGAUACUCAUGGUGCUGACUGACAGGAGGUGACCAGAGUAAGGGAGGCAGCAAUGGAGAGGGGGUAGCGGUGGCUGUUUUUUAUCUGUUCUUUUACAAGAAGAUGGUGCUGGGGAAGCUGUUUUCUUUUGGUGAACAAUAACGUCAGGAGAUGAUUGAGAAGCAUGUCAAUGGAUGUGGGAACCAGAGAAAUAAGAACUGUCACAUGGCAGGUCCUGAGCAGCCAGCAGUACCAUGUACGUUUUGUGCUACAGGGUAUGUAUCCCCAGCAUGGUUGUGUAAAAAUGUGGAUCUUUCCAGGGCUUGUAGGAGGUCUUAUUUUGGGUUCUACUUGUGGAUCAUGUGUUAAACUUUUCCUUUUCAAUAAAUGAAUCUUAUUUUUUAUUUUUGAGAGGUUGCAGUCUGCAUUUUUUAAAGCUUAUUUAUUUUAUUUGAAAGGCACAGUUAGAGAGACAGGGAGAGCUUCUGUCCACUGGCUUACUCCCCAAAAGGCCACAACUGCCAGGGCUGGACCAGGCAGGAGUCAGGAGCUUCAUCUGGGACACCCAUGUAAGUGGCAGGGGAACAAACGCUUGGGCUAUCUGCUGCUGCUUUCCCAGGUGCAUUAGCAGGGGGCUGGAUCAGAAGUGGAGCAGCCGGAAUAUUAGCCAGCACCCACAAUGGAUGCCAGCAUCACAGGCAGUGGUUUAACCUGCUAUGCCACAGUGCAUUUUUGUUUUCAUACUUAUUUUUUUCUUAUGACACUCAGGCCCCUUUACUAGAUCUUAGGUUAAAGUGUUUUGGCCUACACCACUCAGUCCUUACAGAGAAGUAGCAUGAACAAGAGAGCCAUGCGUAGCAUUGAGAGGUGUCCAAGAAAGGGAGCAGAAAAUCUUUUAUGCCACUGGACAACCCUGCUGAAACUUGUGCUUCUCUUGAAGACCUGAGCAGCAGUUUUCAACCCCUUCAGUGCCUGUGAGUUGACCCCACGUGAAAGGUGUGUGGUGGCGAGUUUUAUGCAUCUCUCGUUACUCCAACAUAAUCCACAUGUUGCUGAGAAGGUCUUUUAUAAAUGUGGCUGCCAUCCACAGUCCGCUGCCGUUAAGUGAAAGAUUAUUCUCGAUCAUGUGAGUGGGCUUCUUCCAGCGAGCUGGAAGCUUUAGAGCAAAACGAGGGGCUCCCUGAGAAAGAACAGAGUCACGCUCAACUGCAGCAUCGGCUCCUGCUCCAGGGUUGCAGAGUCGCUGGCCUGCCCUGUGAGUUUCAGGAUGGCCGGCCCCCCAGUCACGGGAGCCAUUUCCUUGAAAUGUCUCUCUCUCUGUUUCUCAGAAAAAACUGAUACAGUGCCCAACAGUCAGCUUUCUAGAAAGGUGGAGACUGAUUUCAGGAUGGAAACCUGGAAGAGAUACUAUGGACCCUUUCCCUUUUAGUCACAGUAAGAGGACAAACAGGGCCCUCCGAGCUGUCCCUUAGACAAGUUGAAAAUCAGUCCUCAUUGGCUCUUGGGCCAACUGUGUUUAAAAGCAGAGCCCUUAAAGAACACUGAUCCUUUUUGCCAAGAGAGGAAGGUGGGAGUGUGUUUCUGUUUUCAUUAUAGAGAUCUGUUCUGGAACUGGAGAGUGAAGUGGGUUUCCUUCGACUGUUCCAAGCCACCAAAUUAGAAAUGGCAGAACUGGGAUACACACAGAGCCUUCUGGUUCCAGAACCCAAAGCACUGUCCGUGGCAGCCUUGGAAGGGAAAUCCACCUUCAGGGUUUGACGUGAGGGCUAGAGAGAAGGUUCUAAAGUGCCUCGAGUAGUUUUCUGAGAUGGUAGGUGACUUGGGGAAAACCAAAGCUCAGAGGUAGUUUCAUUCGUUGUUUGGCGAUGAACUCGUUGGCUAUGCUCAUGUCCUGCCCACUUCUGAUACGCAGAGCUCUGGGCCCUCUUUGGACUGUCUGCCUCUUCAAGUUCUUAGUCCUGUUACAUUUACACCUUAGGUCCUUCCAGAUAGCCAGGACCCUCAAGGGAAGCCCACUGCACUGCUGGAGGCAUGAACUUGAGAGACGCAGGACUGCAUCUGGCUUGUUCAUACUCAGACCACUGCAUAUGUGCCAAGGAACUGUGUGUGUGUUUGAUGAGUGUGCUAUGCUAGACCCUUGGCCAUUGGUCUCCCCUCUCUGGGUUUAAAAACGGGUGCAUAGCUGACCUGUUUUUCAAGUGUUCAGUGAACUUUGACAAAUGCAGUCAUGUGACUGCCAUCUCAAUCAAGACACAGAUGCUUCCUUGACCCCGAAAAUUCCCCUGUGCGUCUUUGCAGUCAAUCCCAUCCCCAUACCUCUCAGCCUUGGCAGCCACUCAUCUCUUUAUUCCUCUAGUUCUGCCUUUCCUGGAAGCUCACGUAUAUGGAACCCUUAAGGACGUAACCCUUUGUGUCUGGCGUCUUCACUUAGCAUAAUGCUUCACGUAUUCAUCCGUGACAUGCAGCUGUAAUUUGUUUCUUUCAUUGCUGAGUAGUAGUCCCUCGUAUGGAUGAACCAUACUUUGUUUACCGAUUUGCCAGUUGAUGUUUGGGUUGCCUCCAGUUUUUAACUAUUAUAAAUA